UAGUAUUUGUUUUAUUUUUGACAUUUUUGCUGCUCAUCUGUUGUUACAGUCAGUCAGACAGACAGACAGAGAGACAGACAGACAGUGUGUGGGCUAUAUAAUAGUAAACGGGUCUGACACACACACACUGUUGUAGUAUUGGAGGGACUCACACACACAUUCACACACACACACACACACACACACUCUGGUCCACGCGUGCAGGCUAGAAACACACUAACCUGCAGACACAAACUACUUUAUUUCACUUAAUCCAGAUUAAAGUUAAUUUGAAGCGACUCCAGAGACCUGAGACCAGAAUCAACCUGAUCCGGAUCUUUGAGGUUGUAUAGUUUCUGCUGAAUUUGGAGCUUCCAGCCUCCGGAGGAACCUCGGAGGACAUGCCGGGGUUCGUGGCUCUGCUGGCCGCGUUUGUAGCGCUCUCGGCUGGGUUGAGGAGCUGCGUGUCCGCGGUGGAGAUGCAGAGCUCCGGAGCCGUGGAGGAGAGCCCAGCGGUAAUAGGGGGGGACGGGGACGGGGACUGUCCCGGCCGCUGCCGGUGCGAGGUGUCCGGGCUGCUGCACCGGGUGGACUGCUCGGACCGGGGACUCCGGGAGGUCCCGAGCAACCUGAGCGUCUUCACGUCCUACCUUGAUCUCAGUAUGAAUAAUCUCACCGUGUUGUCCAGCGGCGCUCUGACCAACCUGCACUUCCUGGAGGAGCUGCGUUUGGCGGGAAAUGAUCUGUCAAUCAUCCCCAGAGGAGCGUUCACUGGCCUCUACAACCUCAAAGUGCUGAUGCUUCAGAACAACCAGCUGAUGUCGGUACCUGCUGAGGCCUUCAACAACCUGCACAACCUGCAGUCACUCCGCCUGGACGCCAACCACAUCUCCAGCGUUCCAUUGGCUGUUUUUCUCUGGCCUGGCGCUCGGCUGCGUCACCUGUGGUUGGACGAUAACUCUCUGACGGAGGUGCCGGCGGAGGCCCUGAGCGAGCUGCCCGCCCUGCAGGCCAUGACGUCUGCCCUCACCACAUCAGGCCACGUCCCAGACCACGCCUUCAGCAAGCUGGGACGUCUGGUGGUGCUGCAUCUCAACAACAAUAGGAUCGUUUCCAUGGGAACGAACUGCUUCCACGGACUCCACAGUUUGGAGACGCUGGAUUUGAACUACAACAGUCUGGUGGAGUUUCCGACGGCCAUCCGCUCACUCAGUCACCUGAAGGAACUUGGUUUCCAUAGCAACAACAUCCAGUCCAUCCCGGAGCACGCCUUCACUGGGAACCCCUCCCUGAUCACCAUAUUUUUCUACGACAACCCGAUCCAGUCUGUCGGACGAUCGGCCUUCCAGAACCUACCGGAGUUACGCACGCUCUCUCUGAACGGAGCAGCAGAUCUCACCGAGUUUCCUGAUCUGACGGGAACCAACAGCCUGGAGAGCCUGACUAUCACAGGAGCUCGGAUCACGUCUCUACCUGGUUCAGUGUGUGAACAGCUUCCAAACCUUCAGCUGCUUGAUCUCUCCUACAAUCAGAUCCAGACUCUUCCCAGCUUCUCCGGCUGUGAGAGCGUUCAGAAGAUUGAUCUGCACCAUAACGAGAUCGAGGAACUGGAGGAGAACACCUUCCACGCUCUGAUGUCACUGCGCUCGCUUGAUUUAUCGUGGAACAGAUUGUCAUCAGUGAAGCUGAACUCUUUCUCUGCUCUACCGGCUCUCAUCAAACUCGACCUGUCGUCCAAUCAGCUGUCGUCGCUGCCUCUGAUUGGACUGCAGAGUCUAACUCACCUUCGAUUGGCUGGAAAUACUCAGCUGACGGAGUUAAUACCACGAGAGGACCUGCCCCGCGUCAGGGUGAUGGAGCUUCCUUACACCUUCCAGUGCUGCGCCUUCGUCUCCUGUGAGAGGAGAGGAGGAGGAGGAGGAGGAGGAGGAGGUUCCUCCUGGGAGAGGGAGGAGGCAGCAGACUCUAUUGGGAAAGAAACGUCUGUCCUCUCCAGCCAAGAUCAGGACUGGGAGGAUUUUCUGAUGGAGUUUGAAGAUGAACCUAAACUUCAACAGUCGGUCCACUGCAGCCCGGCUCCAGGACCGUUCCGUCCCUGCCUCUACCUGCUCGGCAGCUGGUUGAUCCGUGGGGGGGUGUGGCUCAUAGCAGCGCUCUCAUUGGUCAGCAACAGCCUGGUCGUCCUGUCGGUCUUCUUUUCCCCCGUCGCCACGGUGACUCCACCCAAGCUUCUGAUUGGUCUACUGGCCCUGGUGAACGGCCUGAUGGGAGUGUGGAGCGGGUGGUUGGCGGCGGUGGACGCCUGGACGUUCGGCAGCUUCUGGAGGUACGGAGCACGGUGGGAGAGCAGCUUCCUGUGUCGCUUCAGCGGCUUCCUGUGUGUGUUUGCAUCACAGACUGGCCUCUUCCUGCUCACCGCCGCGGCUCUGGAGCGAUGCCUCGCCGCUGCCGCACGCCGCCACGACAAACCUGACGGACACAACGGUCGCUCGUCGUCGCCGCUGUCCGUCCGUCUCGCCAUCUGUCUGUGCUUCCUGUUGGGCCUGGCCGUCACGCUGCCCCCCCUGGUGGCCGGACACAGCAGCACCUCCCUCUGCUUGCCACUGCCUUCCUCCACCUCCUCAUCCGCCCUGGCCUUCUCCGUCUCACUGGUGCUCCUCGACUCGCUGUGCUUCCUCCUCAUGACGCUUGCCUACACUCGCCUCUACUGUCGGGCCAACAAGGCUCCGCCCGCUGCCGAAGAAGAGGCGGCGUUGACUCGACACGUGGCCUGGCUGCUCUUCUCCGACUGCCUCCUCUACCUCCCCGUCGCCUUCCUCUCCUUCUCCUCGCUGCUGCGCCUCUCUGCCGCCGGGCCGGAGGCGGCGAAGGGGGUGUUGCUGCUCGUGGCGCCGCUGCCGGCCUGCGUCAACCCACUGCUGUACAUCCUCUUCAACACGCUUGCCCGGCAGGAGCUGGCGGCACUGGCCAAACGCACCUGCGGGGCCAUGGCGUUACCCAGACUCUGCAGGGGAGGAGGAGGAGGAGGAGGAGGAGGAGGAAGGUCGAGGCCGGACAUGAUGGAGUCAACGUACGACGAGGACGCGGAGAAACAGUCGUGUGACUCGACGCAGGCGCUGGUGGCCGUCGGAGGCAUGAAGGAGGAAGAGGAGGAGGAGAGAGGAAGGAGUGAGACGCUACAUUCAGUAGUGUUUGUUGUUCCUCAUCAAUAGACUGAAACACACACACACACGCACAUACACACACACACUACAGUAAAGGUCUCACCCGCCAAAUUUAUAAACGACGAAUCAGAGACUCACCUUUUCUAGUAUUUUCGGGAAUUUCUUUUGCCUUUAUUGUUUAGGAAACUGUGGAGAGGCGACAGGAAGUUAGAGGAGACACGGACAGGAAGGACUUCUUAAAGCUGCAGUAGGCAGUAUAUUUUUGGCAUCAUUGGGAAAAAAUCCCAUAAUAACCUUUCAGCAUAUUGUAAUUCAAGUGUUCUGAGAGAAAACUAAACUUCUGCACCUCC